CAGAAACUGACCGACGUCACACGAGAUUAUCCGGAACUCCUUGUUUCUUUCUGAGAGUUUGUGCUGCGGUGGGACGACGAGCUGCUGCUAAACUUCACCCUGAAUGUCGAAGCUGAGUUGGAGCUGACUGUCAUUAUGAGAUGUUGUCUCCCGGCGCGUCUUUCGUGCAGAUUGAGUUCGAUGACAUCCAAUUCUACGAGAACUGUGGCGGCGGCAGCUUCGGAAGUGUCUACCGAGCCAGGUGGAUCUCCCAGGACAAAGAGGUGGCGGUGAAAAAACUGCUCAAGAUUGAAAACGAGGCUGAAAUCCUCAGCGUCCUCAGCCACCGCAACAUCAUCCAGUUUUAUGGCGCAAUCGCCGAAGCUCCCAAUUAUGGAAUCGUCACCGAGUAUGCAAGUGGGGGCUCUCUGUAUGAUUACCUGUCCAGUGGCCAGAGUGAGGAGAUGGACAUGGGACAGAUCAUGACCUGGGCCGCACAGAUUGCUAGAGGAAUGCACUAUUUACAUUCAGAGGCCCCGAUUAAGGUGAUCCACAGAGACCUAAAGUCCAGGAAUGUUGUUUUAGCUGCAGACAAAGUUCUUAAGAUCUGCGACUUUGGGGCCUCCAAGUUCCUGACCCACACAACACACAUGUCGUUGGUGGGCACGUUUCCCUGGAUGGCUCCAGAGGUGAUCCAGAGCCUGCCUGUGUCUGAGACUUGUGACACCUUCUCCUAUGGUGUGGUGCUUUGGGAAAUGCUCACCCGUGAGAUACCCUUCAAAGGAUUGGAAGGCUUACAAGUAGCCUGGCUCGUGGUGGAGAAGAACGAGAGACUAACCAUUCCCAGCGGGUGUCCUACCAGCUUUGCAGAGGUCAUGAGAAAGUGCUGGGCAACUGAGCCAAAAGAGAGGCCCAUGUUCAAGCAGAUCCUCUCUACUUUGGAGUCCAUGUCUAAAGACAGCCAACUUCCUCAACAGUGCAACUCUUUCCUUCACAACAAGGCUGAAUGGAGGUGUGAGAUUGAAGCUACCCUCGAGAGACUUAAGAAGCUGGAGAGAGACCUGAGCACUAAAGAGCAGGAGCUGAAGGAGCGAGAGCGGCGUCUAAAGAUGUGGGAGCGCAAACUCAUCGAACAGUCCAACAGCCCGUUGCUGCCCACUCUUGACAUAUACACCUGGACAGAAGAGCACGUGUAUUUCUGGAUGCAGCAGAUAUUUGGCGCAGGGGACAGCACGUGCGACAUGCAAUAUUACGCUAACCUGUUUAAAGAAAACCACAUCACCGGAAAGAGGUUGCUGUUGCUCACAGACAACGACAUGCGGGACAUGGGGGUCAAGUCCAAAGGACACGUCAUGCACCUUAAGGGUGAAAUUGAAAAGCUGACAAACGAUUACCUCGGGUUUGUCCACUUCCCACCACUCUUGAAGGAUGAGCUGGAAAAUAAGGUGGAACCGAGCAAAACGGUGAAUCUGGAGUUGGUGUUUGGAUACCACUGGAAAUCGGGAACAGGCAAGUCUGACUGCAAAUGGAAAAUGUACAUGGAACUCGAUGGGGACGACGUUGCCGUGACGUACAUCAAAGACGUCACCUUUAACGCCAACCGUCAGGACGUGGAAGUCCUGCGCAUGACGAAGCCACCUUUUGUGAUGGACAAGUGGGUCGUCGGAAUUCAGCAGAACCAGAGAGUGGACUACAUUGUCAAUUACGAGAGUGAUGUAAAGUCACCAAAGUCUACCAAACACAGCUGCCCAGUGACGUGGAGUAUCAGUGGUGGACACGAUGAAAUCAAAAUUGUGGAAUUGGUCAUUGAAACAGCUCCAGCUAACAUAGACUGGAAGCCCAGGGGCAGGUCCCAUUCUGAUAUCGAUCCAAAAUGGAUGAACAACGUAAAGCACAAGCAAAUGAUGACCCAGAAAUCGCAGCCUGUAACUGCCGCUCAAACCACCUUCUCUAGCUCCGAUGCCCGCACCCUGCCCCAGUUCCUGUCUGCACAUGAAAGACAAGAGUCUUCUUAUGCUGCAGCUGUGCGUCGCUCUCCAAGCCGCCUGCACGCAUCUUCCUGGAUCGACUCUCGCAGCUCCUCGCCAACCGCCAGCCUGUCCGCCAAGCUCUCGCAGCUCCAUCUGGGGUCAAAGGGCAGCAGUCCCUCCAGCACUACGUCAGAGAGCACCUUGGAGAGAGAGCGAGAUCGCCCGGCCAGUGCCGGAGCGAUGCACAACCGGCGCAGACACAGCUCCUUUGGCAACACAUUAACUGUGGGAGGAGGGCAGGGUAGGGGGCACGCAUGGACCAACACUAGAGGUGGCCAUAGUCAUAAUAAAACCAACAAAACCUCACGACAGCCAGGGAGGCCACGGUCCAACAGUUACAGUGUCACACUACAGAGCCACCCGCAAGUGAUACCGGGUAUAUUGUCUGUGACACAAGACCUGAGUGAGGAGAAAGAAGAGGCCAAAGUCAGCGAUGGAGGCUGGAUCAAAGUGGAGCGUCAAAAGAGAUUACCACGUCAGGACAAUAAACAAGUCAGAGGUCGACAGAGGAGGGGGGGCAGGGGAGGGCGCGGCACUGGAGGAAGAACUUAAUGUGGGACACACGUGAAUAAUAAGUCGUUCACUGAAAAGGUUUUAUACCUACUUACAUGCUCAUAAAUCAGUUGUCAAAUAAUCACACUCCUGGCUGCCAUGUACAUAUGUAUGAGACAAUAAAGGAUUGCUGCUUUUUAAAAA